AUGCCUAAAACAGACAGAAGAAUCGACCGCUCGGGAACAGAUCUAUCCGAUGUUCUAGGUUCUUCAGCCCGUGCCCGUAAGAAAAUAAAAUCCAUUGAGGGUCUUCUUCAGAGAGAUAACCUUCCUGCUGAUGUCCGGAUCGAGAAGGAAAGAGCUCUCAAAGCCUUACAGGCCGAUCUUAAAAAUACUCUUUUCAAAUUGAAGACACAAAAGCGUGCCAAAAAGUAUCACAUGGUGCGCUUUUUUGAGCGUAAGAAGGCUCUUCGGAAGUUAAAACAAGCCAAAAAAGCUCUAGACGAGGCCACUGAGACUGCUGUAAAGAAAGACAUUAAAAAGGCAAGACGUGCCAUGCACCACUGUCAGGUGGACGUCGCAUAUGUGUUCAUGUUCCCAAAAUCUGAGAAGUACAUUUCGCUCUAUCCAGCUGAGAACAGCGAGUUAGACGAUAAUGAGAAAAAGGGAAAGCUACUCACCGACGAGAAACGUCUUGAGUUUAAGAAGAAGGUCGAGGAACUCAUUGAGUCUGAUAGACUUCCGUUCACAUUCGAGGAUGCCUUGGAUGGUAAGACGAUUAUUGUUGACAAUAUUAAAUGGCCUGAGCAAACGAAGGAGAUUGAUGCUCCAACUGCGGUUGCUGAAGCUGUCGUUGAAGAAGAUGAUUUCUUCGAGUAA